AUGUUCUUCUCUGGUACGAAAGAGAAGAUUAAGAAGGCAACGGGAAACCUGAAUCCUCCACACGAUGAGCAAUAUGAUGGAAGACGGCAUCAGUCUAAAAGCCAUCACAAUAAGUAUUCAGCAUCCACCAAUUCGCAAGAUCUAUCUACGAGCCCGGGAGGGUACUCACAACCGGGCGCUGAUGCAGACUGUGCUCUUCCGACAUGGCCGCCAACUUCGAGAAAAGACGCCAGUGGACCAAACAAGCUCCAGCGACACCCUCAAUCCUAUCAACAACAUGGCAUGUCAUCUUCAGGCUACGGUCGCUCUAUCAAUAUGCAACACCAAUUGUCGUGCUACCAGGAUCACGAGUACCAUCAAGCCGACCCUCGCGAAGUGAUCGAAAACUUACAGGAGAUAUUGAGAGGUAGACACCAGGAGAUUGAUGCCCUCAACACCAAGACUGCCGCGCUUGUACGCGAGAAUGAGAAACUUGGAGAGGAGCUUCUGCUGCUGCAGGAGAAAUCUUUCAGCUCCAUGACUGAUGCAAGGUUGAUGCCACCUGAUAUCAAUUCUAUCAACGCCGAGAUCACGAAUGUUCGCGAGAUGAUAGGGAACUUCGCAAAAACAUAUGCUGCAGAAUCGCUUGCAAGCAUUGCGGGCGAAAGUGGAGAUGCUCAGCUGGCCUUCAGAUCCUCACUUCAGCAUGUGGUACGCUUCGGCGGAGAUGGACCCAAAGCUGUCAUCGAACUUUCGAAGAUCAAACACGCACCUCGACUGCUUCUGGCUGCCUUCAUCUCGCACCGCAUACACAAGGACAUCUUGACCAAGCCCUUCUUCUUCCUUGACGACGGGCUCGACCAAAGGUUUGAGGCGCUACGUCCGAAGCCGAAGUAUGAUAUUCUGAAGCAACGACCAAACUCUUCUGUGUCGCUGAACAAGAUCUUCGAAGAGAUCAUGACUUAUGACGUUCAGCAAGCGCACAAAUGGCGUUCUGACACUUUACGUCUCCUGCAUCCGAAACAUCUCGAUACUGAAAGCGCAAAGGCGCGCUUCCAAAGGUCCCAUGCUGCAAUAGACACAGUGGCCAAGCAUUACGCUCAAAUUCUUGAUGAAGAUAUGAUCAUCAAUCUUUUACGCCCUAUGGAAACCCCCGUUCACUCACAGUUCCUGCUCGAACUCACGCAAAUCUACAUUACCACUGGCCGGCUCUCCGUCCGACUCUGGUCACAACGCCCUGCAAUUGCAUGUCGUUUCCUACCACAACUCGCUCAUACACCAUUCGACAUUUCGUCUAGUAUCCUACAGGCUCACGCGUUGUACAAGCUCGACGAUCCUGAGGAUCACAGUUUGGAUGGAAAAUUGACAAAGAUCUUGGCAGCAGGUCUUGGCGAGGGCGGUGGUGUGAGCGUUGAUGGUGGUCAGAUCAUACAAGGCUACAAUGCGUUGUCUGCGGAAUCGCUUGCAUGA